AUGGGAAACAGAGCGACUCUUUUGAUCAUGCUGCUUAUUCUUUGUCAUGGUGUGUCCAUGACAAUGGGGUUAUGGAGGACAGAAACAGAAAAUAAAGAAAAUGGACCACAUUUCAGGCAUGAAAAACUGUUCUUGAUGCGAAACUCCAAGCGUUUAGUGAAGACUGAUGCCGGGGAGAUGAGUGUGUUUCGGAGUUACGGUGGAAGAAUUUCUGAGACACCAUUGCAUAUUGGUUUCAUUACUAUGGAACCAAGUUCUCUCUUUGUUCCUCAAUAUCUUGACUCCACUCUCGUCUUGUUUGUCCGUUCCGGGGAAGCGAAGGUGGGAUUCAUGUCUGAUGAUGAAUUGGCUGAGAGUGAAUUGAAGAAGGGUGAUGUGUAUCAAAUUCCAGCUGGUUCGACGUUCUAUUUGUCAAAUGUUGGAGAUGAACAAACUCUGCAGAUUAUUUGCAGCAUUGAUCCAUCAGAGAGUUUGGGAGUAGGAAUUUUCCAGUCUUUCUAUAUUGGAGGAGGUUCUAAUCCAGUGUCAGUACUUUCCGGAUUCCAUCCUCGAAUCCUCGAAGCCGCUUUUAAUGUAUCAGGAGUAGAGUUGGGGAGAUUCUUCACGAGGCGACAUGAUGGUCCGAUUGUGCAUGUUGGUGAUUCACAUGCCAAGGCUUCAAGCUUAUGGACCAAAUUCCUUCAACUAAAAGAGGAUGAGAAAUUGCAUCACAUGAAGAGAAUGUUGCAAGAUCAAGAUGAAGAUAAAGAAAAUGAUGAAGAUGAAGUUAAGCAAAAAACAAGUUGGUCUUGGAGGAAGCUAUUGGUAUCUGUAUUUAGCAAUGAGAUGCAAAAGAAGAAAGCAGACCAUGAUAGCCAUAAAUCUCCUCACUCUUGCAAUCUCUACGAUAGAAAACCAGAUUUUGAAAAUAGUUACGGUUCAAGCGUUGCUCUAGGCGGUUCCGAUUAUUCUCCACUCAAAUCUUCCGGAGUUGGCCUUUAUCACGUCAAUCUCAAGCCGGGAUCGAUGAUGACACCGCAUGUAAACCCUAGGGCAACCGAGUAUGGCAUAGUGAUGAAAGGCUCUGGUAGAAUCCAAAUAUUGUUUCCAAAUGGAAGCAAUGCAAUGGACACAGAAAUAAAAGAAGGAGAUGUUUUCUUUGUGCCAAGAUACUUUCCAUUCUGUCAAAUAGCAUCAAGUAUUGAACCGCUAGAUUUCUUCGGAUUCACAACUUCUUCAAAGAAGAACAAGCCACAGUUUUUGGUGGGUUCUUCAUCACUCAUGAAGACCAUGAUGGGACCUGAACUCGCAGCUUCUUUCGGAGUGAGUGAGGACACAAUGCAAAAAAUCCUUAAUGCACAACACGAGGCUGUUAUUCUACCAACCCCAUGGACAAAACCUGAACAACAGAGUUAG